GCUUCAUCCACCUCGUUCAACUCUGUAGCCAUGGAGGCUGCUCCCCUGACUUUGGCCCAUACACACGCUCGCAAUGCCGUUCUAGAAACCCGCAAGUCCAAUCCAGUCGCAGCGAGUGAGGAGCAUGACCUGGCCGCAGGAGAAUUUGCAACGAUUGCUGAAAGUAGUACGGAUCGUGAGGCCUUGCGUACACUUCAGCUACUCGAGCACCAUCACAAGAAGCUUGCUCAGAUUCUCCGCUUUCAACAUGAACACCCUCCUUCUACUUCAGUCACGCCGGCCACUGCUGCUGCGGUGGCCGCUCAAGGACUACCCACGGAAUCAGGAGCAUCAAAGGCAUUCUCGCCGAUAUCAGAUACCCAGCAACAGCCUCCGAAGCUAUCGGGAAAUCCACGCUUGCCCACCAGAGAAACAUCCUCGAUAGCGAGUAAUCUCGCUUCCGCACGAGGGAUUCCUGCCCAGCCACGCCGCGCGUCUCCCGCAUCGCCUACGCUCUCCUCGCAGCAGGCGGGGGCGCGGAUGACAGACAGCCCCGGGAGAAUCAGGACAACUGAGGCUAGACUCCGGGGAACCCAAACUCCGGGAGAAAGAGAGCGUGGAAACCGUGCAUCUGCCCAGAAACAGUCCUGGUCUCUCCCAGCUGAAAGCCCCACUGACAUCACCUCCCAGCAGUUCGUGCCCGCGAACCCAGGCGAGACCGCACAUCAACCGCGCGGAGAACCUGCCGCUGAUGAGGGCUUCCAACGGUUCUAUUCGACUUUCGAGGGGCUUAUUUCCCGGAUAUCUGCUCCGUUGGCAUUUGCAGGGCUCCCUCUUGGAUCCGAUGGCCCCCAAGCGGGCGCCACAACUCGCAAGUCAUCUGCGGAUACGAAAGUCGACCGGUAUUCUGCUGUUUCCGAUCGCUCCAUGUCCUCUGCCGAGCCCGAUAUCGACAGAAUCUUCUCGCGGGCCGCUCUCCGGGCAAUCCGAGACUCCACGGGCGGAUCUGGUGGAAUGGGAACCGGCGGUGCCGCGGAAUCAUUCUACAUCGUGCCCACCACAGGCGGGACUGUCUCGUACGCAGGCAUCCUCACCCGAGCAGAGAAGGAAGCCCGUCGAAACAGCCUUGAUGACGGUGACGAGGACUUUGUCGACGCCCGGGAGACUCCAUCCUCCCCAGAGAUGCUCCAAAGUCUCACCGCGAGCAAAGGCAAAAUAGGUCGCGGUGGGGACAAGCUCACUGGCAUCCAAUCGCCCAAAACAAUGGAAGAGCUCCAGAUGGAGAACCAAGCCCUCAGACACCUAUCCGAUACCCUCUCAAAACGGCUGCACAUGUGGGAAGUCAAUGCACAGUCGUCGUCGAUGGCGCUGCAACAAUCACUGAGAGCCAUGCACCACCAGAACGCGCCCUCCGCAGACCCUGGUCCGCAUUUGUUUCCACCCGCCGUUUCUCCACUUGCGCCAGUGCUCUCGGGUCUGUCCAUCGAACAGGACCAACGGAUCAAAGAGCUCGAGGAGCUGGUCCGCCUUGGCGAAAGGGAACUUGACAAAGUCGGCCGGGAGAAUGAAAAGCUCCGAAAUGUGCUUGGUCGAUACCGAGAACGGUGGGAGAAGCUGAAAGAAGGCGCCAAAACAAGACGCGAGAGUAAAUCUGGUGGAGAAGGCAGCGUGCGCAAUGGAGGUGCUGCUGCGGCUGCGGCGGUUCAUACGAAUCAUCCCGGGGCAGACACAGAGGACACCACAUCCAAUGAACCGGACGUUUGAAAGCUGGCGACGCCUAAGAUGGGUUUAUGUUGAAUAUCUUACUACAAAAGCAAAAAAAAAAAGCGUUAUAGCCUUUAUUUACACACACACGCACAUGUAUUGUAUUAUCCUGCAGAUUCUGAUUGAUAUUGAUUUGAUAUAUAAUGAAUUAAUCCUCACACGAGCCCCAAGCAUGUCGUGAUGCAU